GAACAGCGGCCUCCACUCUGGAGUGUGCGGCUCGCGGAAUUCAGCCGGUGAGCCCCUGGCCCGGAUGGUGGGACCGGGCCUGGGCUCCCACCGCCACCUCCGCCUCGGCCAGAGCCGUCUGGUCCCCACCCCCAGUUAGGGACCCACAGGGGACAAGCCCCUUCUUCCCGCCGGGAGGGGGAGAGCCUCCCCACUCUGGGCAGCUUCAGCCUCUCCGGAUCGGGAUCGCAGCUCACAGUUCACGAGGACCUCAGCUGCACCUGGACGCUUACUUCCCGUUUCCCAGGAUGGGAUCAGAUCCGCUGCUGUUAUGUUCUGUGGGAGAAGAGAGAAGGGGCAGAGAAAUACACUUGACUGGAAAGAAAAGGGAACUGCUAUGCCCCUUAAAACAAUAGGACUGUCAAUGGCAGGAUACCAGCUCUGGUCACCGUGGACCCCACUGGACGAGAGCUUCCAAUGGCUGCGGCACACAACACCUACACCUUCUUCAAAGCACCCUUUUAGGGCUUCCCCCUGCUUCCCACAUACCCCUUCUGACCUUGAAGUGCAGCUGUGCUUUCAAGAGGUCACUCUAGUUCUAGACAGCCCAUUCCUGGAGCCUGGGGCGAGUCCCAAGUUACCCUGCCACACAUCAGAGCUCCAAGCCAUGAGCAACAAGAAAGGGCUGGUCAGGAAGCCCCAGCCUGUCCGCCUCAGUGGAGUGGAUUCCGUGUUUGGCAGGGUCAUCACAGCUCAGCCACCAAAAUGGACUGGAACCUUCAGAGUUUCAGACAAAUCAGCCUUUUGCAAAAUCAUCAGCCGGGAGCACCAGUGGCCCACUGGACUUAAGGAACCUCAGAUUCAGAUGACAGUGACCAUGUGCAAACAGAUGCUGCGCUCUAUCCUCUUACUGUACGCAACAUACAAGAAGUGCACCUUUGCCUUACAGCACUCCAAGUAAGAAGUCCCAUCUGAUUCCUGUUCCUUACACCGUGCCCUUCGCUAUGUGUGUGAAGCUUACAGAAACCUGUCCCUGUAAAGGAAACUGACAUCACCCAGGCCACCUUGCUCUUCUGUUAAGCAGUGACAAUUCAGGAAUCCCUUUUCUCCUUUCCUCCUCCAAAGAAGGCCAGUGACCAGAGCAAGGGAGAACAUUUCCAUUGUAAAGCUGAACAACAUUUAACAGAGAGUCAAACUAGCAUUGACAUGUACGUGUGAUAAAGAACCAUUAAACCAUAUAAACCAAUGA